AUGCCUCGAGCAAGACACCGAAAGACAUCUUCGUUGGCCGAGAAGAUCGCCGGCCCAGAGCUGAUGAAGUCAUCCAGGCACAUCUAUGAGCGAGAGCCGCCAAACUAUGGCAUUCUCGCCCAGCUCAUCCGCAGCUUUCUCAUAGUCGCCUGGUUCAGCUGCUGCUGCGUCUGCAUCGUGGUCGCCCAGGUCGUCGGCCUGCCGCUCUAUCUCGUCAAGAGAGAGUAUUUCAAUGCAUACGUAGCCACGACCAAGGAGUCCUUUGGCCUCGCGAUCACUGCGCUGACCGAGUGGAGUGCCCCAACCCCUGUCCGGAUCAGUGGUGACAGGAGUGUGCUCGGCCAGGUCACUCUCACGUCGAACGGCGGGAUCCAGACUCGAUUUCCUGACCGGCUGGUCUUGAUUGCAAACCACCAGGUAUACACCGACUGGCUGUACCUGUGGUGGGUUACCUACACGAACCAGAUGCAUGGACACAUCUACAUCAUCCUCAAGGAGUCACUCAAGUAUAUCCCCUUGGUUGGACAGGGGAUGACGCUCUACGGCUUCAUCUUCAUGGCCCGCAAGUGGAUGGCGGAUAAACCCAGGCUGCAGCAUCGUCUGAAAUCGCUCUGCGUCCGACGUGGAGACUCUACCCCCGGCUCCCCCGUCUUCGACCCCAUGUGGCUACUGAUCUUCCCUGAAGGAACAAACCUGUCCAUACAUACUAAAGAAGUCAGUGACAAUUAUGGGCGGAAGAAUGCCAUCCCUCCUUUCAAGCAUGAGCUUCUCCCACGGUCUACGGGGCUCUACUUUUGCCUGCAGCAGCUCAAAGGCACGGUCGACUAUGUCUAUGACUGUACUAUGGGAUACGAGGGCCCACCGUCGUGCAGGAAAGGAAGCUAUCCUGACAGCUACUUUACUAUCCGCUCCACGUACCUAAAGUGUCGUCCGCCAAGGGUCGUCAACUUCUACUGGAGGCGGUUUGCCCUUGCUGAUAUCCCACUGGAUAAGCAAGAAGACUUUGAAGCCUGGCUGUUCGAGCGCUGGGCCGAAAAGGACGCACUCCUUGAUGCAUUCAUUGAAACUGGCAAGUUCCCGCCUUUUGAAGAUGCAGACCUGGUGGAGAUGGACCCUAACAGCCCCGAUAUCCAAACCACCUCUGGUAAAAACCAUGGAUACGUUGAAGGCGAAGUUCGGCUUGGUUAUUGGAUCGAGAUCUGCAGGGUGAGGCAUGAUGAGAUCUUCCUGCCCCUCCCAGAUCUCCUAACCAAUUUUCCUCCCGUCCCCGGAGUGCGACAGACACCCUUUGCGCGCGCCCUUGUCAUGGCACCCUUCCAGAACGGCCUUGCCAACGGCAGCACCGGUGGCCAGGAUACCGUGCCCAAAGGCGCUGCAACUGCUCGCUUCUCUGAUAUUCCUUCUGCCAUUGAUAUUCCGGCGUCUACCUUCGACAGUGAGGUCGAAAUCAGCUUGCAAGAACUUCCGGACGACCCUACAGAGCUCUGCACUCUCCUUGACAACGAAAAGGCCGCAAAGAACUUCUGGGUCAUCAUUGCUCUGGCAUAUGCUAAGCAGAAACAGAUCGACCAUGCCAUCGAGAUUCUCACUCGUGGCCUGGCCUCCCUUGCGCACGGCGCUACGAAGGAAAAGCUAAGUCUGUUGGGCUGGAUCUGCUGGCUGUACCUGAUUAAAAGUAGACAGGCUCCGCGUGUUGCUCCGGAGGGCCAGCUGUACUCCGAAGCAAAGACGAAGGAGUUCUAUCUACAAGCUGCAACAGCGACUCUGAACGAGGCUUCACGGUUGAAUCCUGCCUUUCCUCCCCUAUUUCUUGCUCGUGGUGUGCUUUCUAUCCUACGUGCGUCCCUGCAACCUCCCUCCAAACCGGUCAGGCCUGGUACUGUCGAUACCUCAGAACGCGUCGAGUCCCUGCAACAAGCUAUAAAAUGUUUCGACGAGUCCUCAAAAGCAUUUGGAGGCCGGAAUAUCAUGGCUAUUCUGGGCCGCGCAAGAGCAAACUAUAUGCUUGGGCGCUAUGGCGAGGCUUUAGAAGGGUACCAGGAGGCCCUGGUGAAGAUGCCAAAUAUGAGAGAUCCAGAUCCGAGAAUUGGAAUUGGGUGUUGUCUAUGGCAACUUGACUUCAAGGAUCAGGCGAAAGUUGCGUGGAAUAGGGCAUUGACGCUGAACCCUGAUUCAAAGGCUGCCAACAUCCUCUUGGCGGCGUAUUACUUGCAUGAUAGCUCAAGGCAUUCGACCAGUGAUCCCGAAUUCAGCUCGCUCUACAAGACCGCUAUGACGCAGUACACCCAGAAGGCAUUCAAGCUUGAUAAGGAGUACCCGAUGACCUGUGCCACUUUUGGCAGCUAUUUCCUUCUCCGCAAACACUUCCCUACCGUUGAAGCCCUUGCACGCAAAGCCAUUGAGCUUACUGAUGUUAAUGCCAUUGCGAGUGAUGGCUGGUAUCUGCUGGCUAGAAAAGAACACACCGAAGGUGACCCAGAGCGAGCAUUGGAAUACUAUAACAGAUCGGACCAGGCAAGAGGCGGAGCUGACAAGGGAUACCCACCGGCCAAAUUCGGCGCAGUCCAGAUGCUGGUCAAGAGGAAAGACUUCGACGGCGCCAAGUUCCGUCUAGAAAAAAUUAUCCAGCAGACCAAGAACCCUGAAGCCAUGGCUCUUCUUGGCUCUCUUUACGCUGAUGAGGUGUUUGCGGCCAGCAAUUCGAAGGAAGACAAGUCGGCGGAAGCGAAAAAGGCGAUAUCCUUACUCGAAUCUGUACGAACGUCUUGGAAGGCGGACAAGAAGAAGCUCACCCCAGACGAGUCUGUGUUGCUCUAUCUUUCUAGACUGUAUGAAGUUAGUGCGCCGGAAAAGAGCAUGCAAUGCCUCAACCAGGUCGAAGAAAUGCAACUAGCUCAGAUUCCUGAAGAUGAACGACCGGAUGAUGUCGAGGGCGAGAAGGCUAUGACGGAGGUCCUUCGUGAGAGGCUCGCACCUCAGCUACUCAACAAUAUCGGCUGCUUUUUGUACCAGGCCGAUAAGAUUGAACAGGCGAGAAACAUGUUACAGACCGCUCUUAAUGCUUGUGUAAAAGCACAAGAACGAGAGGAUGCCUCUGAUACAGAUGCAUAUGUCACCACCAUCAGUUACAACCUUGCUCGCACGUACGAGGCAGCAGGUAUGCCAAAUGAAGCCAAGAAGGUCUACGAAGGGCUACUGGAGAGACACAGCGAUUAUGUUGAAGCCAACGCCCGGCUUACCUACAUUGCCCUCCGCCAAAGCCCUACAGAUGAAGGCCCCAAAAAGAUGGCAAAACUUUACGAAGCAGAAGCAACCAACAUGGAAGUGCGGGCACUAUUCGGUUGGUAUCUCAGUAAAUCGAAACGCCGUGUGGCCAAUCUUGCAGAGGAUCUUGAACAACGACAUUACAAGCAUACCCUACAGGGUUACGACAAACAUGAUCGGUAUGCCUUGACGGGAAUGGGCAAUCUGUAUCUCCUCACAGGUCGAGACAUGAGACGAGACGGUGAGCAAGAUAAAGAGAAACGACGCAAGAUAUAUGAGAAGGCAGUUGAAUUCUUCGACAAGGCACUUCAGCUUGAUCCGAAGAAUGCAUAUGCUGCUCAAGGCAUCGCCAUUGCUUUAGUUGAUGAUCGAAAGGACUAUUCGACUGCUGUGCAGAUUUUCUCAAAAGUUCGAGAUACCCUGCGUGAUUCAAGCGUUUACCUUAACUUGGGUCACGUCUUUGCAGAGCUGAGACAGUUCACCAAGUCCAUCGAAAAUGACAGGGCCAGAGAUGCCCAGAUCCUGGCAUGUCUCGGUCGUGUCUGGUUCCUUAAAGGCAAGCAGGAACAGAAUCUAUCGGCUAUGAAGACUGCGCUUGAGUAUGCCGAGCGCGCUCGCUCCGUUGCUCCUGACCAAAUCCAUCUCGAAUUCAAUAUUGCGUUUGUUCAAAAUGAGAUUGGACUCCUUGCUAUCAGUCUUCCCGAAGCCCAAAAGACCUCUGAAGAAGUUGAAGAGGCGAUGAACGGUGUGACGGCAGCAAUUGAAGCUUUCGAUAAGAUUGCGAACUCAAAGAAUCCUCCUUAUCCUCGCAGUUCGCUGGAGUCCCGAGCAACUAUGUGUAGGAACACCAUCCGCAACCAACUUCAGCGAACCCUGCAGAGCCAAAAGGAGUACGAAGAGAAGAAUGCAGCCAAACUGCAGCAGGCCCGAGAGCUUCGUGAUGCUGAGAUAAAACGCCGGGAAGAAGAGAAGCGCAAGGCUGAAGAGGCGGAGAAGGAAAGGAAACGGCAAAUCGCUGAAGAACGACAGCUAAUGAUUGAGGAAGCCGAACGGCUCACGGCCAUCCGUAUCGACGAAGAGAGAGCAAGAGAAGCCGCCGAGUACACCACUGACAGCGAGACAGGAGAAAGGUAUAAACGGCAACAGAAGAAAUCCAAGGGCGGCAAACGAAAGAAAAAGGCAGAUGCGGAGAAGAACAGGCAAGAGAGUGAACCAAGAAACUCCGGGUCGUCAACAGAGGGUGAGGAGGAAGAACGCUCUGCUGCCCCUAGAAAGAGGAGACGCCUCGAGCGACGAGGAAACGCAAAGUCGAAUAAAUUCAAGAGUACUGAAAUUGUCGUUGAAUCGGAAAGCGAGUCUGAAAACAUUGAAGUUAAUGGUGACAAGGCCGGCUCGCCACCAGCAAAUGGAAACGACGAUGAAGAUGAAGAUGCCCUUGUACAGAGACGAAGAAAGAAGACCAAUUUACGAAUUGAAGACGAUGACGAUGAAGAAGAGGAGCCAAAAGAGGCUACUCCUGCUGGAGACAACGAUGACGAUGACCUCUUCGACGAAAAAUCGCCUGCAGCUGAUGAAGACGCUAAUAAAGACGUUGAAAUGAAGGGAACCGAUGAAGAAGAGUGA